AAAAAGGUUCAAUUGAAAGCAAUGUAGGGUAACGUGAUAAUGGUAUCAUAAUUGACGGAGUACGGAUAGAAGAUGAUUAACAAGGGACCCUUUGGUCGUGCUCCGGACUCAAACUCGAGCUGUUUAGAUACGGUUUCCUACCUUUUCCCAUCGGCGUUAUUAAAAAUGUUGCAAAACCAGCGUUGCACUCCCACUGGAUUACUUCCGUGAUCCUCAUCACUAACCAGAUAAGCCCCUCCCCUCCCCUCCUAUUGUACGGUCAAAUGCCGUCUAUACUACAGUACACGUUCUAUUAGCUCUGAUUCAACACGUGCUUAGCUCUCUCUCUCUAGCUUAGCUCUCUCUCUCUAGCUGGAAGCAGCAGAUUCCGUGUGCAGCUGGAAUUGAAAGCUCUCCUCUCCUUCCCCUGCUCCUUUCGCAACUCAUUACCUCCCCACCUGAGCCUAUAAAUACUCCCACUUCACUUGUUUUCUUCACCCAACUCAUUCCUACUUCUUUUCCUUCACCGUUUCUGCUCUCACUCUGUCUACUCUGUUCCUUUUACAACUUCAUUACCCAACAAAUUAAUCAGACAUGGAAUUACUCAGCCUCAACUCCAUGUUUUGCAUGUUUGCUGCUUCUGCUCUCAUCUUCUUCUUCUCUCCCAUCAUCAAGCUCUUCCUCACUUCCGCUCGCCGCAAAAUCCCACUUCCUCCUGGUUCCCUCGGUUGGCCUUAUAUCGGCGAGACCUUCCAGCUCUACUCUCAAAACCCAAAUGUCUUCUUCGCCUCCAAAAUCAAGAGGUUCGGCUCAAUCUUCAAGACCCACAUCUUGGGAUGUCCUUGCGUGAUGAUUUCGAGUCCGGCAGCUGCCAAAUUCGUGCUCUUGACGAAAGCCCAUCUGUUCAAGCCUACUUUUCCGGCGAGUAAAGAAAGGAUGCUGGGAAAACAAGCUAUAUUUUUCCACCAAGGAGACUACCACGCCAAGUUGAGGAAGCUUGUUCUCCGAGCCUUCAUGCCGGCAGCCCUCAAAAACAAAGUCGAAGACAUUGAAUCCCUCGCCAAGGACUCCCUUCAGUCCUGGGAAGGCCGGUCGAUCAACACCUACCAAGAAAUGAAGACGUUCACGUUCAAUGUCGCACUGCUUUCCAUCUUUGGCAAAGAUGAGAUUCUGUACAGAGAGGAUCUCAAGAGGUGCUACUACAUUCUCGAGAAGGGUUACAAUUCAAUGCCCAUUAAUAUUCCUGGAACACUCUUCCACAAGUCCAUGAAAGCCAGGAAGGAGCUGGCUCAGAUCUUGGCCAAAAUCAUCUCAACCAGGAGAGAAAGCAAGCUCGAGGACCAUAACGACCUUCUCGAGUCCUUCAUGGGCGACAAAGAAGGCCUCACCGACGAGCAAAUUGCCGACAACGUCAUCGGCGUCAUCUUCGCCGCCCGUGACACGACGGCGAGCGUUUUGACUUGGAUUAUGAAGUAUCUCGGCGAAAACCAGAGUGUUCUUGAAGCUGUCACGGAAGAGCAAGAAGCAAUUAUGAGGCUUAAAGAAGAGAGUGGCGAAGACAAGGCUCUGAAUUGGGAAGAUACCAAGAAGAUGCCCAUUACUUCGAGGGUUCUUCAGGAGACACUGCGAGUUGCUUCCAUUUUAUCUUUUACAUUUAGGGAAGCUGUCGAAGAUGUUGAGUACGAAGGUUAUCUGAUACCAAAAGGGUGGAAAAUUUUACCACUUUUCAGAAACAUUCACCACAGCCCGGAGAUCUUUCCGGAGCCUGAGAAGUUUGAUCCCACAAGAUUUGAGGUAGCUCCAAAACCCAAUACAUACAUGCCAUUCGGCAGUGGGAACCACUCAUGUCCUGGGAAUGAAUUGGCCAAGCUGGAGAUUUUGGUCAUUCUACACCAUCUCACAACAAAGUACAGGUGGUCUAUUGUUGGUGCAGACAAUGGCAUACAGUAUGGCCCUUUUGCUCUUCCCCAAAAUGGGCUGCCCAUCAUAUUAUCUUCUAAGGAAUGAGAUUUCCCUAUAUAUAUAUAUAUAUAUAUAUAUAUAUAUAUAUAUAUAUAUAACUCCGAAUUCCACAGCCCAAAGCUUCAACUGCUUUCUAUAUAUAGUUAUUAGAUAAAGAGAGAGAGAUAAAGAAAAGAGGAUUGGUUUCUUGCCUAUUUAAGGAUAGUGAAGAAAUGAGAGCUCCAAGAAACAAUGAGCUGAAGAAAGCUAGGGAUUCAUUUAUCAUUUCUUUUUGGCCGAACUGAGACGGCUGAAGAUAGCCGGAAGCCAAAUGUACAUAACUGAAGAGUGUUCUUGAUAUCAAAACAUGAUAUAUGCAAACGGCAUAUCAUGUUUCCUUUUUUUCUUUUUUCUUUUGAGAUGAUACCGAAGAGAAUUGUACAUACUAAUUUCACAAAAUUUUUAUUUCCUUUAUCAAAUAAAUGUAAAGAGCUGCAAGGCUGGAGUUAUGAUUCAAUGGAGUAAAUCGAGUUUUGUUAAAUUUCUUGA